CGCUCGGCUCCGGCGGGAUCCUCGCCCCGGGAGGCCUCCGUGAGUCGCCGCCGCGCUGUCGCCGCCGCGCUGUCGCCGCCGCCGGCCUGAGCACAGCAGGCGUCGCGUCCCCGCCGGGCCGAUCGCGGGGGAAGAGGUCACCGGCGGGGCCGAGGAGUCGUCCGGGGAGGAAGGAAGGAAGGAAGGAAGGAAGGACAUUGUCGUAGCUUUGAAAGUUCUUUUCCCUCCUGUCCCCCCUUGCCCCCCGCAGAGGCGAGAGCCGGGCGGCGGCGGCGCUGCCUGGGGACGGGGACCGCGGGCGCGCCGGGCCAUGGAGGGCGCCGACCUGGCCGGGAAGCUCCUGUCCCCCUGGCUGGUGCUCGUCCUCGGCCUCAUCCUGCUGCCCUCGGCCCUCGGCGUGAACCUGGGCGUCUCGGAGAUCUACCUGAAGGUGCUGGUGAAGACGCUGGAGUGGGCCACGAUACGAAUUGAAAAAGGAGGCCGAAGGGAGUCGAUUCUUAACUCAGCUUCUGUCGGUAUUAUCGAAAGAGAUGAGUCACCCAUGGAGAAAGGGCUCUCUGGCCUGCGCGGAAGGGACUUUGAGCUGUCUGACGUGUUUUAUUUCUCCAAGAAGGGACUGGAAGCCAUCGUGGAAGACGAAGUGACUCAGAGGUUUUCCUCAGAGGAGCUGGUGUCGUGGAAUCUCCUCACGAGAACCAACAUAAAUUUCCACUACAUCAGCCUAAGGCUCACCACGGUGUGGGUGCUGGGCGUCCUAGUGCGCUAUUGCAUCCUCCUGCCUCUGAGGGUCACUUUGGCUUUCAUUGGGAUCAGUUUGCUGGUUGUAGGAACCACACUGGUGGGGCAGCUGCCAGACAGCAGCCUCAGAAACCGGCUGAGUGAACUGGUGCAUCUGACGUGCUGCCGCAUCUGCGUGCGGGCCUUCUCUGGCACCAUUCACUACCACAACAAGCAGUACAGGCCCCAGAAGGGAGGCAUCUGUGUUGCCAACCACACCUCUCCGAUAGAUGUAUUGAUCCUGACAACAGAUGGGUGUUACACAAUGGUUGGCCAGGUUCAUGGCGGGUUGUUGGGAAUUAUGCAGAGAGCUAUGGUCAAGUCUUGCCCACAUAUCUGGUUCGAACGCUCAGAAAUGAAGGACCGACACCUGGUCACUAAGAGACUAAAAGAACAUAUUGCGGAUAAGAAAAAAUUACCCAUAUUAAUCUUUCCCGAAGGAACCUGCAUCAACAACACCUCGGUCAUGAUGUUUAAAAAGGGAAGCUUCGAAAUUGGCGGCACCAUACACCCCGUUGCAAUUAAGUACAACCCUCAGUUUGGCGAUGCCUUUUGGAACAGCUGCAAAUACAACAUGGUGAGCCACCUGCUGCGAAUGAUGACCAGCUGGGCCAUCGUCUGUGAGGUGUGGUACCUGCCCCCCAUGACCAGAGAGGAAGGAGAAGAUGCAGUCCAGUUUGCUAACAGGGUUAAGUCUGCUAUUGCUAUACAAGGAGGAUUGACUGAACUUCCCUGGGACGGAGGGCUGAAGAGAGCAAAGGUCAAGGACACCUUUAAGGAAGAGCAGCAGAAGAAUUACAGCAAGAUGAUUGUGGGCAACGGAUCUCUCAACGCUAAGUCCGACUGAUGCCGCCCUAUAGAUAAACUUGGCCUUCCGGAGCUAGCCCUUAGGAAUGGAAUGGUUUUUAUUUUUUGGGGGGGGGGGGGGAGGAGGGGGUUGUUUUGUUUUUAUUGUUAAUCUUUUCUACAGAAUGAUUGUCUCUACCUCUCUAUGCCAGAGGCAGAACCCACAGGUGCCCUUUGUUGUUUUGCCAUUGCUGUUGUGAAUUGCAAGGUCGUUGUGAAGUGCAAGGUCGUUGUGAAGUGCAAGGUCCUUUCCUGAGUUAAAACAGGGAACUGCCUUUUGUGAAAUGAUUGUGGUGGUGUCGAUGGAAUGAAAUGUUUGUACAGGAAAAAAACGCUUCUGACGUGUGUUUGGAACUUGUCGAUAUGGUAAUUUGAAAAAAAAAAAAGAUACCCCAAACUCUCUUUUCCUAAUCAGCUUUCCCAGUCCCUCCAGUCAGCUCCAUGGUGGGGUCAUUAUGUUCUAUGCAAGGUUGGAAAGAACAAUGGCGGACUGUAGUCAGGAGACAGGACAACUUUGUGGCUACUUGAUCUGAAAGUCUGGAGGAAAUGUAAAUUAUUUUUUACUACCCCAUUGAAAGAGAAAUACUAUCUGGUAAGCUUCACCAAAGAAAAGUGAGUCAAAGUUAAUGCGUGUGUGCAUUUAUGUGUAGACAACAUGCCAGCACGUUCUAGCCAGCAUGCAGAGCCGGUGAUGAAGAGCUUAGUUUCCCUUGUUCGUAUGCUGAAUCGAUACCCAAUUCCCCUCCCAUCUACUGAGUUGUUUGUUUUUAUAACCAAACACAUUUUCAAAUAGAAGGAGCCUUUAAAAAAAAAAAAUCACAUGGAGUAUCUUCAGCAUGAAUGAGUGAGAAGUAUGUGGGGCCGCCCCUCACCCUCUACCCCUCUGUGGUUUAUUCCCGAACUUUCCCAGUCUCAUAAGCAGCAAAUAACUGGUAUAAUUACCUUUUAGAAACUGAGCCUUACGUUUUUUAAAGGGGAAAUAAGUUCUCUCCGACUCGCACAGCAUAAGCAAUGUUUGAUAGCAGUAUGAUGCUGUUGUAAACUCCCGAGAGUAUCGUAUCUUUGGUAACCAUGUACAGAAUGUAAAACUGUCUUAUCAUGAAUAUAAAUAAAUUCUAUAUUUCUAA